AUGGCACUCCCAGACGUCGACAUCGAGGCUGCCCCCGGCCUCUCCUACUUCACCCCGGCCCAAAACCCCCCCGCGGGAACAGCCGCCAACCCCCAAAGCAACGGAAAGCCCGUACCCAAGCUCUUCCAGCCCUUCACCAUCCGCGGCGUCAACUUCCACAACCGCCUUGGUGUCGCACCCAUGUGCCAGUACUCGGCCGAAGACGGCCACAUGACCGACUACCACCUGAUGCACCUGGGCAGCAUCGCGCAGCGCGGGCCGGGGCUGGUGAUGAUGGAGGCGACGGCGGUCAGUCCCGAGGGGCGCAUCACGCCGCAGGACGUGGGGCUGUGGAAGGACUCGCAGAUCGCGCCGCUGAAGCGGGUUGUCGAUUUCGUGCACGGCCAGAACCAGGUCGUGGGCAUCCAGCUCGCGCACGCCGGGCGCAAGGCGAGCAAUGUCGCGCCGUGGAAGUAUAGCGAGGCGGUGGUGGCGACGGAGAAGGUUGGGGGUUGGCCGGAUCGCGUGGUGGGCCCGAGUGAAGUGCCGUUUGAUGAGUCGUAUUGUCGGCCGAAGGCGAUGGGGAAGGGGGAGAUUGAGCGGUUUAAGGAGGAUUGGGCGGCGGCGGUGAAGAGGGCGAUUGCGGCGGGGGUGGACUUCAUUGAGAUUCACGCCGCCCAUGGGUAUCUGCUCUCGUCGUUCUUGUCGCCGGAGGCCAAUACGCGCACCGACGAGUACGGCGGCUCGUUUGAGAACCGCAUUCGGUUGCCCCUGGAGAUCGCGCAGAUCACGCGGGAUGUCGUGGGUGAUAAGGUGCCUGUGUUCCUGCGCGUCUCGGCUACGGACUGGGUGGAGGAGACGCUGCCUGCGGAGAGCUGGACGGCCAAGGAUACCGUGCGGUUUGCCGAGGCUUUGGCCGCUCAGGGGGCGAUCGAUCUGAUCGACAUUUCUUCGGGUGGUGUCCACCACAGCCAGAAAGUCAAGUCUGGCCCGGCCUUCCAGGCGCCGUUCGCGAUCGCGGUCAAGAAGGCUGUUGGGGACAAGCUUCUUGUGGCGACGGUGGGAAGCAUUACCAAUGGCAAGCAGGCGAAUGGUCUGCUGGAGGACGACGGGUUGGACAUGGCGCUGGUGGGACGUGGAUUCCAGAAGGACCCCGGUCUGGCUUGGACUUUUGCCCAGCACCUGGGCACCGAGAUCGCGAUGGCCUCCCAGAUUCGCUGGGGCUUUAAUACCCGGCGUGUAGGCAAGCCGUACAUCGACCCUUCGGUUUAUCAACAUAGCAUUUUCCAGUAA